AUGCAAACAUUAAUAUAAGUUUUUCAGCACAAAAUAUCAUCGUCUUUUUCAAUUAUUAAACAAUCAACUCCUUAAAUAUUGUUUGGCAUUAGUCUACUUUCUUGUUUAUACCUUUUAAAUAAAGAAUAAAAAGAGGAAAAAUAAUCUGAACCUGAAAAGGCAGAAAAAAAAAUAAAAAAAAAAGCAUCAAGUUAAAAAAAUUUGGAUGAAAAUAAUCCUCAAUAUGUGGAUGUUAUAUAAGAUUUGGUAUGAAUAGUUUAAUUUAAUAGAGAAAAAGCUAAAAGAAAUUAAAUAAAAAAAUAAACAAGUAAUUUGAUGAUUCAUUAGACAAUACAGAAGAAAACAUUCCUAGAUCACCUGAUUAUAGUGUUGUUUCUGAAAUUGAUCAAAAAUAUUUCUAAGAGUUAAUAAAAAAUUAAAAAAAAUCUAAAAGAGCAUAUUAAACUGAUUGCGAAUCAAAUCCUAUUAUAUCAUUAAGAGGGUAUGUAUGAUAGUAUGAGAUUAUAGAUUUAGAAGAAAUUAGUAAAUAAUAGGAGAAGAGGAUAAAAAAGGAGAAGACAGAUUGUUUUAUAUUUUGAAAUAACGUGUCAUUGAAUAAGAAGAGAAAGAAAACGAAAUUGAUGAAGAUGAUUAUUGA